AUGGAGACGUUGACGAUGGAGACGUUCGCGGCGUCGCGAUGGGUCGAACGCGUCGAUGCGCGACGCACGGGGCGACGGGGGCGUGGAUGGGGGCGACGUCGAGCCAUCGAUGCAUUCGCCGCGUCGGGGGCGUCGAGGGAUCCGUUCGCGCGCGCGCGCGGGCGAACGACGACGACGGAUCCGUUCGGCGAUUCGACGCGUAGGAUGACGUCGGGGGCGCGGACGACGACGAGCGAGACGAAGACGCGACCGACGGGGAGGUAUCCGGCGUUCGAGGACGCGCGCGUGUACGAGGUCCCGGAGCGAUUACGACGACCGGGGUCGGUGGAGAACGACACGUUCGUCGUACACAAGUCGUUGGAGGAUGUGUUUCCGGGAAGCGGUCUCGCGGACGCGUUUCACGGCGACGGAAGGUUUCGAACCGGCGUUCGACUCGCGAUGCGGGACGAUUUGUUCGUCCCGAAUGAAAAAUUGAGCGAGGCGCGAAACGCGACCAUGCGAGCGCUCUCGAGCUCUGUGCACGUGAAUUGGUUCGAAUCGCGCACGGGCUACGCCGCACUGAGCGCGCACUUCGCUCGUCACGGCGUCAACCUAACGGGCGAGCGCUUCAUCAAAGGUUUGGGCGCUCUGUGCGGCGAACCGUGUCACGGAACGCUCAUCGACAUAGCGAGCAUAGGCAAACAAAAGAUUCGCCACAGUUGGCAUCAAGAUUCUGGGUACGAUCGCUUCACGGUCAUGUUGGGAUUCCCAGCGUCAACUCCGAGCGAGGACCCGCCCCCGGGCGUGGGCGUGUUCACGCACGCGGUGAAGCUCUCGCAUCCGCUCGUCCAGCUCGGCGACGACGGUUCGGUGAUCCAGUGGGAAGAUUUCGUCCCGUACGAGGGUGAUUUUGCGGACGAGUACGUCGCCCGCCCCGUGUUCAAGCGCGGGCAGGAGAUCAUGGUGUAUCGCGACUCGGCGAUAAUACACUCCGCCCCCGACCAGAGCCAUCGAGAGGCGGUGUGGCGCUUCAUGUGA